AUGAUCUUGGUUUUGCGACAACGAAAAAUUCCAAUUAAGAAAAAUCCAAAAAUUCUCUUUACCAUUGUGGUCAUCUUUGUUGCCAUUCAAUGUUUCAAUUUAAUCAUUCGUGCCAUGUAUGAUAUUUGGAAUAUAAAUGCUCAUUAUAGAUUUGAUGGAGGACAGCAGGUGUUUAAGGCUUCAUACUUUUUAGGAAUGAAUGUGAUGGGAGCAUUGUCGACAUGGACAUUCUUUUGGAAUUAUGUGUUUGUGUUUGUGAUUUUGUUUUUUGUUCAACUCAUGUUUUGGAAAACAGCAUGGUCCCUUCGAGCCAUCUCCAAACGAUUCUAUCACUUUUUUCGAAUUUUAAACAUUGUCAUCUUUUCCAUUUUCAUUAGCAUUGAAAUACUCGUCGUGGCUCUCAUUCCAUUCAUUGAAUACGCUUCCGAAACUGGACUCAUCGAAACCAAUACUCGAACCAAUCUCACAAUUGGUUUGUUCAGUGCUUUGAUUUGGAUGUUUUUGUUUGACACUUUUACAGCUGUAUUGAGUGGUAUUUGUAUUGUGAAAGGAAUUCGUCAAAAUCAAUCCAAGUUUGCAACCAAAGGUCAAAAUUCAUUACUUUCUCUGAACAAGAACAAUCCGUUUGUUGUCACUUUGGGAUUAACCAUUGGAUUGAUUUUGUGUAUUUUAUGUCAACUUUUGGCAGCUGGCAUUGCAACAUCCACAUUGUCAUUGGAUCGAACAGGAUUGAAAGUCAUUUGGCACGGUUUAAGCAGUUGA